CCCAAACUGUGCAAAACCUUUUUUUUUUUUUUUUUUUUUCUUUGGGGCAUUAUUGUUAUAUCGAAGAGUGGUUUUGCAAUCAAAAUCCUUCUUCGUGGCUUUUUUGCAGCACCUGGUAUUUCGACGCAACCAUACAGAUUACACACACAUACAUACAGGCUAAGAAAGAAUUGAAAAAACAAAAACACCAACAGAGAAAGAGAAAGAGAAAGAGAGACAGACAAUCCGAAAUCCCAUAUUUUUUUUUUAAUUUUUUUUUAAUUUUUUUUUUUUUUUUUUUUUUGGGGAAAACAAACAAAAAAAAGAGGAAAAACAAAGUUCUGUAGAAAAAUCGGGGAUUUUCCGGAGGAGUUUUGGGUGGGGGGAUAAUCAUAACCAGCAGCUCUAAGUUUCGAAAGAUAACGGCUUGUUGUUGAUCAGCUGUUUCUGGUCGCAUAUUGGAAAUAUUUUAUUAUCAUAUUACGUAAUCCGUUCAUUAUUCACACCCCUCCGAACGAUUUAAUCGUAAUAGUCAACAACAUUCUUAAGGUCAAAUACUGAUACCAAUUCUAAGUUCAAGGAUAUUAGGCCUAGAAUCUGGUCUAUCAGCUACCUAUCCGGUAUUACAAUUUGCACCGGAAACCAAUUAUUUCUGUUUGAUGGGUCUGUGUCAGAAGCACGUAAAAAUCGUUUAUUGAUCCAGGAAUUCGAGUUUCUACCUUCUGAACCCAGAAGUGGAAGAAGAAGAAGAAAUCGGGUGGUUUUCCUAUUCUGGGUUGCUAUCAGAAUCAUAUCAAAGUUGGCUUUCCUUAUCAGGGUACCAUCACAAUCACAUGAAUUCCAUUUUCUGAUUGCUGGUCAUUUGACUGCGAAUCGAUUUUCCGAUCUACCUCUCCCGAUUAUCAAUCGGGAAACACGGUGUUCCGGUCAUGGCUAAGAAGUCUGGGUCACUGGAUUACUGGAGAAAUUACUUUCGGACUGCAAAUUCGGAUAUUUUCGGUAUAAUUGACCAUGCGAUCAUGGUGGCGGCUUCGGAUUGUCCUAAAGAGUUCAGAUUGCGGAGGGAUCGAAUAGCAGAGCGGGUUUUCUCCUGUAGAUUGACGAGGUGUUCUGGUUGUGACCGUGUGGAGUUGGCUGUUCCUGGUGAUGAAGAAGAAGAUGAAGAUGGAGGUUGUAAGAGUGGUUUUGACAGAGAUGGAGCUGAAUUCGAGGCAGGAGCUAGUAAAGAAAGUAAGGUUAAUAGCAGUAGGGAUGACCAGGGAGAUAUGAACACCAACCAGGUUAGCAAUUACAGCUAUGGAGAAGCUGAGGCAUUGACUGAUGAGAUUGAAGAAGCAUCUCAGAUUCUUGAGGAGGUCUCCAGGAUUAAAGAAAUUCUUCGGAACUGUGAAGAAGAGUCUGAGUCGGUAUUGUUUGAAUCGUUGAGAAGGCUUCAGUUGAUGGCACUGACUGUUGAUACUCUGAAGGCAACUGAGAUUGGAAAAGCAGUGAAUGGUCUUCGAAGGCAUGGAUCAAAGCAAAUUUGUCAUCUGGCUCGAACUCUUAUCGAUGGGUGGAAAGUCAUGGUUGAUGAGUGGGUCAAUGCUACAGAAGCUGUUGCAGGCUCAGAGGGUACCCCAGAUUCUGCAAAUCCAUCUUACAUUGAUGAUGAUGAAGAAGAAGGGCUACCAUCUCCUCCUUUGGAUGAAGGAGCUUUCUUUGCUACUCAGCCCACUUCAAUGGAGCUCUCCCAGUUCUUUGAUGGCAUGGAUGAUGAUGGAAAUCCUCGAAACAGUGGGGAAUUCAUCAAGAACCGUGCAAAUGGAAGAAGACCCUCAGUGGAGAAUCAAAAUACUACAAAACGGAAUCAGCAGUCUCGUAAUGAGGUGAACAUCCUAAGAAAGGAAAACAAAAUCCAACAAGUAAAGAAAGAAGCAGGUAUGAAGCCAGGUAAACCAGUAAAUGCUGGUUCUGGACCUGGGAGACCUCCAAAACUAAGCAUGGAGCAAAAGAUAAAGAAUGAGACAAAGUUCCAGCAGAAAUCGGAUAAGAUUGCGGUUCAAAGGAGGCCUGCUAUUGGUGCACAAGAUAAGUUCAAGUGUUCAGAUGAAGUUGCAGACCAAGUGAAACUUGAAGCCACCAAGAGGAAACUCCAGGAGCGAUAUCAACAAGCUGAGAAUGCCAAGAAACAACGGACAAUUCAGGUAAUGGAGUUGCAUGAUCUCCCCAAGCAGGGGCUUGGUCAUAGAAAUCCACAUGUGAAACCUGGGAACCGUAAUCGACAUUGGACACAUGGGCGGCGCUAGAUUAUUCAUUAUUAUUAUUAUUAUUAUUUUUCACCUGGGAGACCGGUUUUCACCUGCCUUACUGAGUUUCCUCCAUUUUUAAUCCGGUGGAAGGAUACGUAUAACCCUCUGGCGAACUGUGACUGGCUUGACCCGACAUUUGUGCAUCUGAAAUAAGAAAAUUGAUUUUACCAUUCUUGCAGGAGAGGAGAGGGGCUGUAUCUAUUGUAGAGACAAACAAACUUUUGGAACUUUGUUCUUAAUUUUUUGGGGUCUUAAAUUAAAGACAAUUGAGGUUUAGAUACGUUUUUCAGUAACCAAAAUGAAGACACAGGUUAAGUCUGAAGUUAAUGACAUAAUUUGUUCUGUUUCUGUAGAUUGAGAGAACCCUGAUGUUUAGUUACCAUUAUUAA